CCUUCAAGUGGAGCUCGUUAGCGCGCCUCGAGUGAAUACCUACCUAGGCACCAUAACAACAACAUCCUAUCAAGUUCAUGACGGCUGCAACCCAGAAGGCAGACAUAUUACAGCAUUCUCCCGCCGCCAACUUAUCAAAAACAACAAAAUGUCUGCCGUCAAAGGUCAUCACAACCUUCUGACCUGCUUCACCCAAAUGGAUCUCCGCUCUCACCCUCCCCUAGACCCACAAAGAAGCUCACCAAACGAAAUGGGCGCGAUUUCCGCAGCCUGGAGGACGACACCGAGCCAUGACACCCACUGGUACCACCAAACACUACACAGUUCCAAAUCUCUCGUCCUCCCUCCCCAUCCAACAAACACCCACCCAUCCCUAAAGCGCAAACGCGAAGCCCCAAGCACCAUCGACACCACACUCCCAAUCCCACAUCUCGUAUCUGCAGCAUCCGGAGCACAAAUAACCAAGCGACCCCGACUGCACCCACACCCCUUCGUGGCAAUCCACCUACCCCCUACCCCUGACCCAUCGCCACCGAAGAAGCGGGUCGGAGCAUCGAUGCUAACAACUCCUCCGCACCUACCUCCUCAGUCAGAAAAGCGGCAGCGCGGUUGCGGUGGACGUAAACGUGCGUAUAAUGUCAAGUUCAAGCUUGAUAAGCAUGUCCAGACGAGUGCUGCGGUCUGUGAGACGGUGGGAGUGCGUGGUCGGUGUGUGGAUACGGGGCGUUCUGCGUGUUUAGGCGGGAUGGCAAAGACGACGACGACGAUGACGACGGACAUGAGGCAGAAUGCGAUGGUGAUAUAUCGCCUUUCGCCACCGGUUAGUCCGCUGCGUCAAGUACACCGGCCUAGAGGGAUAAAGUCUGAGGUAUCUUCGGAGCAAGAAGUUCGUAGUGCAGAGGAUCCCGUUCGGGGGUCAUCAACACCAGUAAACAAUCCACUUCUUCGAACAGCCAUAUGCGGAAAGACAAGAAAGACACGCUCGUCACAGACAGAGCAUGAUAGAAGCGUGUCUGCUUUAUCACCAUCGCAUGUCUCUCGCACGGAAACUUCCGAUCAUUCGGCUGGUGCCAUUGUACAGUCGAAUAUGUUAAAUGGGCACACCACGGAGAAGCAUACGCAAAGUCAUGACACUCGAUACAGUACGACUGCUGCUACCUCACCCCUGACGACACCCGACGAAUCCCUAGAAAGUAACAGAGUAAUGUGUCGGGCUAGUACGUCCCCGCUGUCUGACUUUGACGAUGCACUCCUCACAACCCCCUCGCCUACACCUACGUCCACAAAAACAUCAAAAACAGCACUUACACCGCAAUCCGACAUCUCAUCUUCUAGACAACACUCUGCACCCGCUACACACACAGCAUCACCCGCGCUCAAUAGUUCAGCAAGCACGGAAUGUCCUGUGGAGGGAGAGGGUGAGGGGUUUGGGCGUGUGAGGAGUUUGAGGAGGCGGUGAUGGGUGGGACUGAGCAUGUGGAUGGGAUGUGUUGUUGUUUGAGCGGUGGGAGUUGUGGUGGUGGAGUGCGGAAGGGAUGGUGGAGUGAGUGUAUAUGCAUAGAUUCAAAUUGGUAUUACCGCAUUACUCACAGCACAAAACCACAACAUUCCGCAAUCACUCUACAACUCACUCUUCUUCCCAGCGUCGCCCAACUCCUUCAGGAUCGCCUCCUUCAACGCCUCCGGCUUCGUCGUA